AUGCAAGACGUAGAUGCGAAAAGUCAAAGUGAGAUCAAAAGCAUACUCGCCUUCCUGCCACUCGCAGGAACUUCGAGCAUCCUGUCCUCACAUUCCAACCAUGAGUUGCAAACGAUGAAUACUGAACUCUCCGUCAGCGGCAACAACAACUCGAUUGUAAACGAACUAUUCAGUCGCUUACCCACCAGUUCUCGCGGGCAUGCUGUCGCUGUGAUUGGUAAACCCUCUAGCACAUUCUUCUUCCUCUUCUUUGCCUUCGCAGGCGCUCAGACUGCGAAUUUGGCCUCCAACCCCAACACUGGCACUACUGUCAUCACGGUGGCAUCGCAGAAAUCGCCUGCUCAAUUUCUCUAUAUAUCGCUCUCCUUUGGUUUCGCGCUCGCAGCAACACCAUGA